AUGGCUCAAACGGUAAGGAAACGUAGCGUUUUGAAUAUAUGUUAACGAUAUUUUCAGAGUCAUAGGCUGGAUUGAGUUGUUUUAGAAUAUAUGUUUACGAUAGUUUUAGAUUAAUAUGUUUAUGAUAUUUCUAGAUUAAUAUGUUGGUUCUGAUCAAAGCUUGUGAGGCUGAAAGUGAGCUCGACUUUCUUCAGGAGUUAUUUAUGCUCACUGAUGAGCAGAAGGAAGCUGUCCUUCAACAACGCAUUAUUUUCUGGACGAACGCGAUGGCCGAAGAUAUUGAACGGGAGAAUCCAGUUGGAGUUGUUGAUGGCUUCAUGGAUAAUUGGACCGAGGAUCAACGUCGCCUGUUUAACGAAGACUGGGCCAAUGACGAAGGUUUGUGCGAACAGUUGCCUGAACCGCCAGAAAACCAAAUAGGUGAAGGGAGCAAGCGAAAGCACGCCAGUGACGACGUCCCCUCAAAACGCCAAAGACCUGAGGAGUAUUUCACUAUUAAAUCGGCGAAACAAGUCAACGUCCGCAAGUUCAGGAUGACAGGUACACAUUAA